CGGGACAUGAUCCACGCAUGAUCCACGCAUGAUCCACGCAUGGACAGGCCACUAAAGAUUUCCUGCAGGGACAUCUAAUGAGUGUCAGAGCUGCUCCACCAUGGUGUAUGGACAGGUGUUUCACCGGCACAGCUCUGGUGACUGCUUCAUCAAUGUUAAUGUCGGAGGUUUCAAACAGCAGAUGGAGCACACGGUGCUGCAACGCUUCCCACAGACGCGUCUUGGGCGUCUCCUGUGCUGCAGCUCCAAAGAAGCCAUCCUGGAGCUCUGCGACGACUUCAGUCCCUCUGAGAUGGAGUUCUACUUUGAUCGCAGUCCUCGUUUCUUCUGUUACAUUCUCAACUUUUACCUCACGGGUAAAAUCCACCUGGCAGACGGAUUAUGUGUGGUUUCAUUCGUCCAGGAGAUUGAGUACUGGGGCAUCAAGGAGCGUCAUCUGGACUUCUGCUGCAGCAACAAAUUCUAUGAGCUGAUGGAGGUCGCUGGGGACAAGCAGUGGGAUGAGAUGAGCGAUGAAGUGCAGCUCCACAGCUCGGCCUCUUCCACUGAGGAGCUGUCAGCCUCGGAGGAGAACAUAGAAAUGUUUGAAGGCUCCUGGUGCGCAGAUGUCCGCAGCAAUAUUUGGAUUCGACUUGAGAAUCCAGGUCACUCCACUUCAGCCAAAGCAAUCGCUGUGGCCUCCCUAAGCAUGGUUAUCAUCUCCAUUGUAGCCAUGUGCAUUAACAGCAUGCCAGACUUCCACCAGUUGGAUGUCAACGACAAAGUGGUUGAAAACCGAGUGCUGAAUUUCUUUGAGAACUUCUGUGUCCUGUUCUUCUCUGCAGAGUUCAUCCUCCGUUUGGCUGUUGCACCGUCAGCGAGAAGGUUCUUGUGCCGUCCUCUCAAUAUCAUUGACUUAAUAACAGUAAUGCCCUUUUAUGUCACUAUAGCCUGUGACAUAAUGAAUGAAGGCGAGAGCACAGAGCUGGAGAACGUUGGUAAAGUGGUGCAGAUCUUGAGGUUGAUGCGAGUGUUUCGCAUCCUGAAACUGGCUCGUCACUCGGCCGGCCUUCGCUCGCUUGGUGCCACGCUGCGACACAGCUCCAGCGAAGUCGGCCAGCUGGUGCUUUUCUUGUCCGUGGGCAUCUCCUUGUUCUCUACUCUUAUUUAUUUUGUGGAAAGAGAAUCUAAAGAGUCGGAGCUGGAGACCAUCCCUAUUUGCUGGUGGUGGGCCACCAUCAGCAUGACGACGGUGGGCUACGGGGACACCUUCCCCGUUACGCCUGCUGGGAAGGUGAUAGGAUCCCUAUGCAUCAUCUGUGGACUGCUGAUUGUAGCUCUGCCCAUAACAAACAUCUUCAACAAGUUCUCUAAGUUCUACGAGAAGAAAAAGCAGAUAGAUCUCAGACAGAACAAUAAAUGAAUCCUCUCAAGCAGGAAUUCCACCGAGACUUGUGAAUUAGUAAAAUGGCAUUUAAAGGAGAUAUAUUCUGCUCAUAUUCAGGCUCAUCAUUUUAAUUUGGGUUACUUGAAAAGGUUUUCAUGCUCUAAUGUUCAGAAAACACAUCACUCUGCUGCAGCUCCUCUUUUCAGUCUCUGUCUGAAACACAAGGGCCCCCCUCCCGAUACAGCCCAGUCCGCUCUGAUUGGCCAGAUGACCCUCUCUGUUGUGAUUGGUCAAUCACUUCCUGCAUAUGUGGGAGAUGUCGGCCUAUGCUCUCAUUUUAAAUAUGCCAGGAUCCAUUAUUUCCAGGCAGAAAGAUGAAAAGGUUGAAAAACUCCCUUCCUCUCAGUGUUAAAGAAAGAAGAGAAAAACCUUCCAUCCACCCAUGAUCCUGAAAUCCAAAAUUGAAUGGGUUCUUCCCUGACCCACAUUCUUCCAACACAUUUCAUGUAAAUCCUUUCAGAUUUUUUUUGUAAUCAUGCUGAUAAACAAACAAAUAGGGUGAAAACAUAACCUCCUAACCCUUAGAACACCAGAGGAAAGAAACCCUGAAAAGGCAUUAUAUGUUUCUUUUAAUAUCAGUUUGGUUCAGCGUAUUCUAUGAGUGGAGAGAAAGGCUUGAUUACAAAAUAAACUGCAUGAAAGAAAAUUAAAUAA